ACUUGGUGCCGCGGGUGGGUCACGUGGGCCCGGACAUGGCGCGCCUCGGCAUCGCGCCAGGGCGUUGUUUCCGCCUCCUGGUCCUGCUGCUGGUGCUGGGUGUGCGCGCGGCGCCGCUGCCGCUGGUGCUCAACACGUGGGCCUUCCGCAGGGCGGCGGAGACAGCAUGGUGUACUUUACAGUCAGGAGGCUCUGAGUUGGAUGCAGUCGAAACAGGCUGUGGUCAGUGUGAAAUUGUGCAGUGUGAUGGAAGUGUGGGGUUUGGAGGAAGCCCAGAUGAACAUGGAGAAACAACGUUAGAUGCUAUGAUAAUGGAUGGCAACACCAUGGAAGUUGGGUCUGUAGCAGAUCUCAGACAUGUAAAAAAUGCUAUUGGCGUAGCACGAAAGGUGAUGCAACACACUAAGCAUACACUAUUGGUGGGAGAGUCAGCCUCCUUGUUUGCUGUGAGCAUGGGGUUUCCAUAUGAAGAUUUAACCACUCAGAACUCGCUUUCAAUAUAUUUAAAGUGGCUUAAUCAAAGCUGCCAGCCAAACUACUGGAAGAAUGUAAUACCAGAUCCUUCAAAAUCCUGUGGACCAUACAAACGGGCUAAAGAAUUAAAUAACAGAAAAGAAUGGAGCAUCUCACAAAGAAAAAUGAAUAUUCAUAAUCAUGAUACUAUUGGCAUGAUUGUAAUUGGUGAGACUGGAAACGUUGCUGCUGGGACAUCUACAAAUGGUGCAACCCACAAAAUCCAGGGUCGUGUAGGAGACUCUCCAAUAGCUGGAGCUGGAGCUUAUGCUGAUAGCACAGUUGGUGGAGCUGCAGCCACUGGAGAUGGUGAUGUCAUGAUGCGCUUUUUACCCAGCUAUCAAGCGGUGGAGUAUAUGAGGAUGGGAAUAGACCCAACUAUAGCCUGUCAGAAAGUUAUUUCUAGAAUCCAGAAGUAUGCUCCAGAGUUCUUUGGUGCUGUUAUCUGUGCCAACACAACUGGAAGUUAUGGUGCUGCCUGCAAUAAAAUUCCAGGAUUCAGACAGUUUCACUUCAUGGUUUACACUCCUUUGCUAAGUCAGCCAUCUGAGCAAGUAGUAGACUGCAUUUAAUUAUUUCUGUACCAUCAGCUUCUAGGCUAUAAAGACGAAGAAGGAAAAGAAAGCCGAUAAGGUUUACUGAACUGCAUUUUACAGUCAUUCAAUUUUGUACUCUUUUGCACCAGUAUCUGAGCCUGUAAAUGCAUGCUGAAAUUGCACAUACAAAUCUACAGGUUUAUACUACCAUUUCAUAAUGUCAAUAAACUUGAUCAGUCCUGUGAA